GUAAAAUAUGUACUAAUGUCCUAGGAGUGUGUAACCGAGAUAUGAGCUUUGUUUAUGUACUUAGUGGAUGGGAGGGAUCGGCAUCUGAUUCAAGAAUACUUCGAGAUGCAAUCACUCGUGGUAAUUACUAUUUAGUGGAUGCGGGUUACACAAAUGGUCCUGGGUUCCUAGCACCAUAUAGAGGCACUCGCUAUCAUGUUAGAGAGUGGGCUCAAGGAACACGUGCACCUUGCAACUAUCAGGAGUAUUUUAAUAGAAAGCAUUCUUCUGCUAGGAAUGUCAUAGAGCGAUGCUUUGGAUUACUUAAGAAGAGAUGGUCAAUUUUAAGAAGUCCUAGCUUUUACCCUAUAAAAACACAAAAUCAGAUCAUAAUUGCUUGUUGUCUGUUGCAAAAUUUUAUUCGGAAGAACAUGGAUAUGGAUCCGGAAGAGCAAACUAGCUUCUUAGAUGAAUUUCUACCCGUCGAAGAGGAAGCACCAGAUGAGUUGAUCGAUGUGGUUGAAAAUACGAAUGAGUGGACACAAUGGCGUGACAACAUUGCAAUUGAGAUGUACGAAGAGUGGCGAACUAGUCGUACGGAGUAGGAUAGAUUAUAGGCCCAACUUGAAUCUCCAGGUUUAAUUUGGCAUGAAACUUGUGAUGUAAUAGCUAAAUUUGUGUGCGAAAGACAUUCCAUUGUUUUGUUGGAUUUUUUGUCAUUGAAAUUUUUAAAUGGUUAUUGUAAGCCUUGUUUGUAAUAUUCAUAAUUAUUAGUAUGAUUAAUUAUUGCAUUGUUAGAUUUCUAUUAUCAUAGGUGAUGUUUGAUUUUAAUGGAUUGUACAACUUAUUGCAUGUUACAUUUCUUAGAUGACAAUGGACAAACGCAUGUGGACUGAUGAAGAAACUGAAGCAUUUGUUGGUUUCAUGGAGGAGUGUGUUGUUGAUGGUUUGAAAGCUGAUUGUGGACAAUUUAGACCAGGAACUUUUGAAAAAUUAGCCCUGAAGAUGUUGGAAGCAUUCCCAACUUGUACGGUAACUGCCAAGCAUUGCAAGAAUAAGCAUAAGCGACUGAAGGAGAAGUAUCAAUAUGCCUCUGAGAUGCUGGCAUGCAGUGAAUUUGGGUGGAAUUCUGAAAAACAGUGCAUAGAUGUUGACAGUAGAGACGUUCUUGAUGCGUGGAUGAAGGCACACCCAACCAAAUUUUAUACUCCUGGUAAGCCAUUCCCUUUGUUCCACCGAUUAGAGGGUAUAUUCGGAAAGGAUCGAGCCACGGGUGCAGGUGCAGUCAGUGGUUUUGACGCACAGGAGCAAGUUCAAGAGGAGGAGGAAAAUCAUUGUCCAAGUUUGGACGAUUUUGGAAUGUCAGCAAAUGUAAGUUUUCAUGAAGGACAAGGAGCAGGUUCACACUCUGAUGCUUGUGCAGCUAGCGGAAGGCAUUCGGGAAAGAAGCGGAAGCAAAAUGAUAUUCUAGAGAGGAUGGUUGAACAGGUGCAAUUUUCAACUGCUGAACAAGGAAGGAACGCCCAAGUUCUUGCUGAUGCUAUAUCUGGGGUGAAUGAGAAGUUCAUGGUCGGUGAGAAGCUUGAACAACUUGGAUUCGAUAACGAUGAGGUGGUGCAGGUUGCAGUGAAGUUUGCUAAUAAUGCACAGAUGGAGAAGGUUUUCUGGGGUUUGAAGGAUUCUCAGAAGAGUGGUUAUGUGCGAUCCAUUCUCAAUUAGAAUAAGUGGUUCUAGUUAACAAUUCUUGUUGAACAUAGUUAGGAUGAUUUAGUUAUUUUUAUGAAUUCAAUAACUAGUUAGGAUGAUUUAGUUAUUUUUAUGAAUUUAGGACGAGUUAGGAUGAUUUAGUUAUUUUUAUGAA